CUUCCCGUAAUAUGUUAAAAAAGGCAGUAAAGUUCGGACCUGUUCUAAAAGCCGUUCUUUAUUUAAGAUCAUUGUAUUAUUUGUCAUGAUAUUCAUUGACUGUUCACGGUACACUGUAUGAGAGCGGUGUUCCAGACUGCUCCCCCGCCCUGUGUCCAGGGUCCUGGGGUCGGGCCUGGCGCUCGACCCUCGGCCUCGAUGGCGGCUGUUCGGCUGCCGCGUGUCGCCUUCCUCAGGGGCAUCGCCGCCGUCUACCUGUGUGCCUUCACCUCACUCUAUGUCCAGAUCCCAGGACUCUAUGGAAGGGAGGGAAUUCUGCCAGCCCGCAAGAUGCUGAGAUUCACUGGAAAGACACUGCUGGAUCAACUAAAGGACUCCCCAACAUUGCUGUGGUUGUGUCCUUCUCUUGGACUGGACACUGAGCAGGGCAUGGAGCUCAUCUGCCUGCUGGGCAUCAUCCUGUCAUUCACUGCACUAUUGGCUGAACCUCUCCGUGACAGUUUUGUCUUUGCCUGCCUCUGGUUCCUGUACCUGUCUGUGUACCAGGUUGGACAAGUUUUCCUGUAUUUCCAGUGGGACAGUUUGCUGCUGGAGACUGGAUUCCUAGCAAUUCUGGUGGCUCCACUAUAUCUGCGGAAAUGGCGGACAGCCCCUUCGCAGCAUUAUGAUAACGUCACCUUCUGGCUGGUGCGCUGGCUUUUCUUCAGACUCAUGUUUGCAUCAGGUGUGGUGAAACUGACCAGUCGAUGUCCAACCUGGUGGGGGCUGACGGCUCUAACCUACCACUAUGAGACCCAGUGCAUCCCUACUGCUGUUGCCUGGUUUGCACAUCAGCUGCCAGUUUGGUUUCACAAACUCAGCGUGGUUAUCACUUACGUGCUGGAGAUACCGGUCCCUCUGCUCUUCUUUGCUCCAACCCGUCGCCUGAGGCUUUUCGCAUUUUAUGGUCAGAUUCUGCUCCAGGUGUUAAUUAUUAUCACUGGUAACUACAACUUUUUCAACAUGCUCACGAUCAUUCUGGGAUUCUCACUACUAGAUGAUCAGCACAUUUCCAACUGGUUCGGGUGCAGCAAGGCACAAAACACUGAGAGGCCAGGGUUUUUACAAAGGCUACAAGGCCUGGCUGUUACUCUUUUUGAGCUGGCAGUUGUUGGAGCGCUUGUUUAUGGAACUGUUCAUUACUUCGGGCUGGGAGUGAACUGGGAGAAAUGGUCAAUUGAAUCAAAAAUAGACUUUACUUACCAUGAAUUUAUACAUUGCCUGAAGAUUGUCACUCCAAUAACCAUCUGGAUUGGGGUACUUUCCCUCAGCUGGGAAAUACUCACAUCACUGCUCAACUCCCUGAUGACGAGAGGGUUUCUUGCCAAGCUGUGGGCUACCUCUUUGUGGGUCGUGUUUGCCACUGCUGCUGCUGCUAUGUUUUCUGUUAGUCUGGUACCGCACUCCUUUAUCGAUUACGAAACAAGCUCCAGCCUUCGGACUGAGAUUUUGCGGCUGUACAAUAUGGUCGACCGUUACGAGCUGGUCAACUCUUACGGGCUGUUCCGGAGAAUGACGGGAGUGGGAGGCCGUCCAGAAGUUAUAGUGGAAGGAAGCUAUGAUGGCCAGCGAUGGACGGAGAUUGACUUCAUGUACAAGCCGGGGAAUCUCAGCUUGUCCCCACCUCUGGUAAGCCCACACCAGCCCAGGCUUGAUUGGCAAAUGUGGUUUGCUGCUCUUGGAGACCACAGGCAGAGCCCCUGGUUCACCAGCUUUGUCCAUCGGCUACUCCAGGGAAAGACUGACGUCAUACGCCUAGUGCAAGUCGAUGAAUCCAAGUAUGCCUUCAGCAGCAAACCUCCCACUUAUAUCCGAGCCCAACUCUACAAGUACUGGUAUACCAAGUACGGGAUUGACAACUCACUCAAAGACUGGUGGACUCGGCAACAUGUGGGAGAAUUUUUCCCCUCUGUCACUUUAGGAGACCCCAACUUGGAAUCGCUGCUACAUGAAUUUGGCUUCAAGGACAAAGCAUCUCCAAAACGGAUAGUGAAGGAUCUUUUGCCAUCCAUCCUGCAAAUGACUCGUAAGCAAGUGGAGCCCUAUUCUGGGGAGUGGGUGAUCAGGGGUCUGUUCAUUGCCGUGGUGCUCAUCUCCUGGCUCAAAGCCCUGACAAACCGCAAAGCCAAGGGGAGCCGAUUGAAGCCAACUGUGGGGAGAGCAGAAGGGAAAGAUGCGAAUGCUGGUGAGAAGGCUGAUUAUGAUGGGAGGAGGAAGGAAUUCCGACAGACAGAGAGCAGAAUGCGGCCUCCCAUUGAUGAACACUUACCGGUCAAUGUUCGCAAAAGAAAAUAAUUUACACAAUCUUUACUGAUUUAUAUUUUUCUAUUAUGCAUCUCUCCCUUGCAGUUCUCCAGCUCUUCAAUUGGACAGGAGGGAGAUCCUCUUGUCAGACUGCAUCGCACACUUGCUGUGUGAUAGAUGUCACAUCUGGUCUACAGAGCCAUUUAUCUGGGGCUACCUCUAGGAGGCAGAAGCAUUUUAGUUAUUUAAAAAAUGUUCAUUAAAUCUCAGAGCCUCCUAUACUCCCCGGGGGAUGGUGUUCAGUAUCUUGAGGUUCUCAUCGAAGCUAUGUUUUCCUUCCCUGGAAUCAUCCUCGCAAAUUUUUCUACAUCCUGGCUUAAUGUCCUUGCUUUAAUGGAGAUUGAAAAUGGCAAAUGACUUAUAAUUGUGGGCACUGCUUUAUAUAACUAUAUUACCUCUUUAUCACCAUUUAUAAACAUUAAGUGGUGUAUUUAAUGGACAGGCUUAGCCUGUUGAUAGUGGAUGUCACUAAUGCUGUCUGCAGAUUCUUAUGGGCACAAUUGUAUUGGAAUUAGAUUGCCUAAUAAUCACUUUAACAAUCAGCAGCAAUCAGAUAACGAAUGAUGAUUCUGUUAAUCUGAGAUGAUUCAGUCAUUAUGUAAGGGGUCUAAUGAACACUAUCUUUUUUAACAUUACCUCCAAUGAUCUGCGGUUACAAACAAACUUUCUUCUGAGCAGAAUCACAUUGAAUGCCAGGUUUUGUUUUAUGAUGUCCAAGGUGAGCUUCACCUUGCGGAAUCGGGAUCUGGGGUGGGACCUUUGAAAAGAGGCGAGUCUCUGUGCCUGAGUUUGUGAUUUCACCUUGCAAGAGUCUAAACGAGGCACAUUUGUAAAUUGUUACCUGCUGAUUGGCUUAUCAAUGGUAGCAAAUAAAAGUAAGGCAAGUAUAAGUGGAGUGGCCAUUUUGGGAGGGGUCAUUGUGUGAGUGGGCACUGUUAGGGUGGGGAGCUGAGGCUUUGAUGAGAAGAGGCGAAGGUAAGUGUCUGGUAAGUUUCUUUCUUUCUUUGAUUUGAUUUGGUGUUCCCUUCAGUGCAGAGUAGUGAGAAUGGCUCCAGGGUCAGUGGUGUGUUCAGCUUGUGAGAUGUGGGAGUUCUGGGAGACAGCCAGUCUCCCUGAUAACUACAUCUGCACAAGGUGCAUCCAGCUACAGCCCCUUACAGACCCUGUUAGGGAACUGGAGCUGCAGCUGGAUGACCUUUGGCUCCUCCAGGAUACCAAGGAGUACAUAGACAAGAGCCACAGGGAGGCAGUCACUCCGAAGCCUCAGGAGGCAGGUAGCUGGGUGACCGUCAGGAGAAGGAUGGAGAAUAGGCAGGUAGUGCAGAGUACCCCUGUGGCCGUUACCCUCAAUAACAGGUAUACUGCUUUGGAUACUGUUUGGGAGGGGUUGGGGGGACCUACCAGGGGAAAGCCACAGCGACCAGCCUCUGGCACUGAGCCUGGUCAUGUGGUGCAGAAGGGAUGGGGGGAGAAGAGGAGAGCAGUAGUAAUAGGGGAUUCCAUAGUAAGGGGGGCAGACAGAUUCUGUGGACGUGAAAGGGACUCUUGGAUGUUAUGUUGCCUCCCUGGUGCCAGGGUCAGGGACGACUCUGAUUGGGUCCACAGCAUUCUGAAGGGGGAAGGUGAACAGCCAGAGGUCAUGGUACAUAUUGGUACCAAUGACAUAGGUAGGAAAAGAGAUGAGGUCCUGAAGAGGUAGAAAGCUGAAAAGCAGGACCUCAAGGGUAGUAAUCUCUGGAUUGCUGCCUGUGCCAUGUGCCAGUGAGAGUAAGAAUAAAUUGAUUUGGCUGAUGAAUGCGUUGCUGAGGAGUUGGUGCAGAGGGCAGGGGUUCAUAUUUGUUGAUCAUUGGGAUCUCUUCUGGGGAAGGUAUGACCUGUACAAAAGGGACAGGUUACACCUGAACUAGAGGGGGACCAAUAUUCUUGCGGGCAGGUUUGCUAGAACUGUUGGGGAGGGUAUAAACUAGUUUGGCAGAGCAUGGGAACCAGAGUGAUAGGUCAGAGCUUGGUUCAUUUAGUGUACAAGUGCAUGCAGAGUAUAGAAAGACUGAGGAAGGAGAGGCAGUUGAAAGAGCAAAAUUGCAGUCAGUUGGAUGGGCUGAAGUGUGUCUACCUUAAAGCGAGAAGUAUCAGGAACAAGGCUGAUGAACUUAGAGCGUGGGUAAGUAAAUGGAACUAUGACAUGGUGGCCAUUGCAGAUACUUGGCUGUCACAAGGGCAGGAAUGGCUGCUGGAUAUUCCGGGGUUUACAUGUUUCAGAAGGGACAGGGACGGAGGUAAAGAAGGUGGGGCAGUGGCUUUGCUGAUCCAGGGACAGUGUCACAGCUGUAGAAAGGGAGGAUGUCCUGGAGGAAUCGUCCACUGAGUCAGUGUGGGUGGAAGUGAGAAACAGGAAGGGAGCGAUCAUUCUAUUGGGAGUAUUCUACAGACCUCCCAAUAGCAGCAGAGAAACUGAGGAGCAGAUCGGGAGGCAGAUUUUUGGAGAGGUGCAAAAAUAAAAAGGUGGUUGUUGUGGGUGAUUUCAACUUCCCUAAUAUUGAUUGGCACCUUCUUAGUGUAAAGGGGAUAGAUGGGAUGGAGUUUGUUCGGUGUGUACAGGAAGGAUUCCUGACACAGUAUGUGGACAGGCUGACUAGAGGAGAGGCUGUACUGGACCUGGUACUAGGCGAUGAGUUUGAUCAGAUUUCAGAUCUCUCGGUGGGAGAGCAGUUUGGAGACAGUAGCCAUAACUCCUUGACUUUUCCCAUCGCCUUGGAGUGGGAGAGGAGCCGACAAUGUGGGAAAGAAUUUAAUUGGGGGAGGGGGAAUUAUGCUGGUAUUAGGCAGGAACUUGGGAUAGUAAAUUGAGAACAGACGUUCUUGGGGAAGUGCACAGCAGAAAUGUGGAGGUUUGAGGAAUACUUUAUAUGGGGCUCUGGAUGGGUUUGUCCCAUUGAGGCAGGGUAAGGAUAGUAGAGUGAAGGAACCGUGGUUGACGAGAUGUAGAAUAUAUCGUCAAGAGGAAGAAAGAAGCUUGCCUGAGGUUUAUAAAGCAUGGAUCAGACAGGGCUCUUGAGAGCUACAAGGUAGCCAGGAGGGAGCUUGAGAAUGGACUUAGGAGAGCUAUAAGGGGGCAUGAGAAGUCCUUGGCAAAUAGGAUCAAGGAAAACCCCAAGGCGUUCCACAUCUAUGUGAAGAAUAGGAGACUGAUGACUAGAGUGAGGGUAGGACUGAUCAGGGCUAAAAGAGGAAACGUGCCUGGAGUCAGAAGAGGUAGGGGAGGUCCUCAAUGAAUACUUUGCUUCAGUAUUCACCAGAGAGAGAGAGACCUUGAUGUUUGUGAGGAUGGCGUACGACAGACUGAUAUGCUAGGGCACGUCAAUGUGAGAAAAGAGGAUGUGCUGGAACUAUUGACAAACAUUAGGAUAGAUAAAUCUCUAGGGCCAGAUGGCAUAUAUCCAACGUUAUUAUGGGAAGCUAGGGAAGAGAUGGCUGUGCCUUUGGCGAUGAUCUUUGCAUCCUCACUGGCCACAGAAGUAGUGCCAGAUGAUUGGAGAGUGGAAAAUGUCCCUUUGUUUAAGAAAGGGAGUAGGGAUAACCCUGGGAAUAACAGACCAGUGAGUCUUACUUCAGUGGUGGGCAAAUUACUGGAGAAGAUUCUUAGAGACAGGACUUAUGGGCAUUUUGAGAAGCAUAGGCUGAUUUGGGACAGUCAGCAUGGCCUUGAGGGACAGGUCGUACCUCAUGAGCCUGAUUGAAUUCUUUGACGAUGUGACAAAGCACAUUGAUGAAGCUAGAGCAGUGGAUGUGGUGUACAUAGAUUUUAGUAAAGCGUUUGAUAAGGUUCCUCAUGGAAGGCUUAUUCAGAAAAUCAGGAGGCAUAGGAUCCAGGGAAAGUUGGCUGUGUGGAUUCAGAAUUGGCUCGCCCAUAGAAGACAGAAGGUGGUGGUAGAUGGAGCAUAUUCUGCCUGGAGGUCGAUGCCAGUGGUGUUCCGCAGGGAUCUGUUCUGGCACCCCUGUUCUUCGUGAUUUUUAUUAAUGACUUUGAUGAGGAUGUGGAAGGGUGGGUUAGUAAGUUUGCUGGUGACACAAAGGUUGGUGGUGUCGUGGAUAGUGUAGAAGGAUGCUGUAGAUUACAACAGGACAUUGAUAAGAUGCAGAGCUGGGCUGAGAAGUUGCUGCUGGAGUUCAACCCGGAUAAGUGUGAAGUGAUACAAUUUGGGAGAUCAAAUUUGAAGGCAGAGUACAAGAUUAAUGGCAGGACUCUUAGCAGUGUGGAGAAACAGAGGGGUCCUUGAGUCCAAGUACAUAGAUCCCUCAAGGUUGCUGUGCAGGUCGAUAGGGUUGUUAAGAGGGUGUAUGGAGUGUUGGCCUUCGUUAGUCGGGUUAUUGAGUUCAAGAGCCAUGAGGUGAUGUUGCUGCUCUAUAGAACUCUGGUCAGACCACACUUGGAGUAUUAUGUUCAGUUCUGGUCGCCUCAUUAUAGGAAGGAUGUGGAAGCUUUAGAGAAGGUGCAGAGGAGAUUUACCAGGAUGUUGCCUGGAUUGGAGAGCAUGUCAUACGAGGAUAGGUUGAGUGAGCUGGGGCUUUUCUCUUUGGAGACGAGGAGGAUGAGAGGUGACUUGAUAGAGGUGUACAAGAUGAUGAGAGGCAUUGAUCGAGUGGACAGCCAGAGACUUUUUCCCAGGGCGACAAUGGCUAACACAAGGGGACAUAAUUUUAAGGUGAUUGGAGGAAGGUAUAAGGGGGAUGUCGGGGUAAGUUUUUUACACAGUGGUGGGUGCGUGGAACGCACUGCCUGCAGAGGUUGUGGGGGCAGAUACAUUAGGGACAUUUAAGAGACUCAGAUAAACACAUGAAUGAUAGGAAAAUAGGGGGCUAUGUGGAAGGGAAGGGAUAGAUGGAUCUUAGAGCAGGAUAAAAUGUCAGGACAACAUUGUGGACUGAAGGUCCUGUACUGUGCUGUAGUGUUCUAUGUUCUAAGGCAUGACUGUGCCAAGCCCCUUUUUAAUCAGUGUGAAUUGGUGAGUAGCCAAUGUCUGCUUUAGUAUGAAACUUAACUCUUAUGUCCAGUGUCCAUUGGUCCUGAUUCAGUCCUGCACAUGGUGCUGCGUUGUCACUUUUAAUGCAUCAGGAAAUCCAACCCACCCCUUCACGUCCCAGUCUCAGAUUCUGGCUCCAAUUUGAUUGGACUUGUAAAUUUUUCAGUCCUCAUUCUACUUGUGCUUCAUUCUACUUAUGGUCACUGAGUCAACUUGGUGCAGUUUUCAGUGUUGUUCCUCAGUGAGAGAUCAUGCGCUGUGCUCCAAAUCCAUAUUUUGUCUGUAAACUGUUUGAGAGGACUUUUUAAAAUUGUCACUCCUGCAAUAAAACUUCCCUACUGUAAAUAUUCUAGAACUCUGGAUCUUAUGAAUUUUUUCCUAAAUGCAGUAGUGUGCAUGAGGUUCUGCAGUAAUUUUUGGAUACUUGAAAUACCAGUAUGUGUCAAACAUCAGAAACUCCAGUUAAUGCAUGAGAAAAGAGCCAGAGAAAUGUUUUUUUUUGUUCAUUCAUAGAACAUGAUCAUUGUUGACAUGGAAUUUAUUGUCCAACCUUGUUUGAUCUUAAGUGGUAGUAACCCACACAUUGAGUCACUGAAGUUGAUCCAGCAAAAAAAAACACUAGAAGGCAGCUCUUAUCUUUAGACCCAGUGAUAACUAUGGAUCUGCAAUAUAUUUCCAAGCAUAGAUGAGGUGUGAUAUGGACGGAAACAUGAAAUUCCUAUGUACCUACGGCCUUCAUUCUUGUAUUUGGUAGAAGUUGUGGGUUCAGGGUGUGUUGUCAAAGAUGCUUUGGUGUGUUGCUUACUAUCUUGUAGAAGAUGCACAUUGUUACCACAGUGCACUGGUGGUGGAGGAAGUGAAUGGUCAAGGUGAUGGUUCAGGUGUUGUUCGAGUUUGUACUAGGUGUUGUUGGAGAUUCAGGAUGUACAUUUCAAUUUUAAACCGUAUUUCAUUGCAUACUUUCUGAUCUCCUUCACCGUGAGCAGACAAAAAUCAGACGUGCACCAUACUGAUGCCACACCUUCUUCAUCAGGCACUGCCUACAAGGAAAUCUUGUCAUUGGUACUCUUAAGUGCUGAAUAAGCAGAUGCAUUUCCUUGCAACCUUCAGGAGGUAACUGAAUGUUGCAGCAACUUGCAUCUUCCAGUGGGGACUGAAGGAAUGGCACUUUACCGUUUUUCUGCCAUAAUCUUUUAUGGCAUAACAGUUUAUGAAACCAACUGUUGCUUAAGUAGCAACAAGACUAAGGCUGAAGAGGAUUCCAUUAAGAGGCAGUUGCUGUUUUACAAACUUGGUCUCCCCAGAAAUCCUUGCUGUCAACCCAUCUCAUCUCUUCAAAAAGCAAAAAACGAGGUGCUGAAAAUCCAAAAUAAAAACACCAGGAUGGCUUGAGGGCCCUUCUCUCAAACUGGUCUCCUACCACCAUCAGCUCCUUUGCCUGGUUGAACUUGUUCUCACUUUAAACAACUCAUUUAACUGCAUCCACUUCCUCAAAAUCUAAGGUGUAGCCACGGGAAUUCAUUUGCUUGUGUCCCUGUGGGACACAUGGAACAGUCUUUGUUUCAGUACUUCUCCAGCUCCCUCCCAUUGAUGACCGUAUUGUCCUGCAUACUGAGCUUCCAGUGCACUCUGAUUCUGACCUCUGUCUUUCGCCUCUUCCAAUAAAACCCAACAUCAUUAGCCAAUAUCAUUUACUCUAUUUUUUUCACUCCACAGAUACUGUCUGACCUGGUGAGUUUUUCUAGCACUGUUUUUAUUUCAGAUUUCUAGCAGCUGCAGUGUUUUGCUCUACAGUAUUUUAUAGCUCUGUUUCCAGUACUUUUUUUCUGUUUCUUAUCAUCUUCUAUUUGCAUUUUCUGUAGACAUCAUCUGCGAUUAACAAAACUUCACCAUCCAUUUUAAGCUGACACCACCGUUACUUCUGUCAUUUAGAUUCCUAUGAUGUCCACCCUAUCACAGACAUUCCCUUCAAGAUCUCCAUCCCUCCCACCUCUUUGAUUUGUAACUUUUCUCAGUGCUGUUGAAAAGCCAUCGAUCUGAAAUGUUAAGUUGCUCUCCACACUAGUAGUUACCUGACUUUCCAUCAAUUCUUCAUUUUAUUUCCUGUCAUCACAUACUUUGGAUGAAUGUUUCCCUUGAACCACCACAGUAACAGUGGUGCCUUUGAACAAACAGUUGUCUGUCCUAUAUAUUUAGUAUU